GGCAACUGUUCCCUGGGGAGAAUGACUGCACUAGCUCAACGCCAGGAAUAGGCUGAGAUUUUUUUACAUUUUUUUCCCCCUACACUUCAGGAAAAGUGAACACACAAUGUUCAUUUGCAGGGAUCGUUUCCUGAACAUGAUGUGUGCUCGCUGUCCUGCAGGUCACUUUCCAGUGUGUCAUAUCCUUCUGCACAAGGGAGAGCAGGAAACGGCAAACUCCCAGUAUGAGGCAAAGCAUUCCCAUCGCAGCAAUUGGUCCACAGGAGCUAUAAAUUGGUCUCCUCCAGAAACAGAUCAAAAUUUGUCUUUGGGGAGGUCGGCUGGAAACUAAAGAGGCCAUGGAGAGAAACAGUGCUGCCUUUCCCCAAGCACCAGACCCCACACAUCACUUCCACAUAGCGCUGCUGGAUCAGAGACGGAGACUGCGUGGCCAAAUUGCUCACCUUCACAAGGUGGCUCGUAAACUCAACAAGCUCCGCAAAAGGUCCGUGAUUGCCAACGUCAGCGGGAGCACCCUGACCGCCGCAGGAGCUGUCACAGCCAUUGUGGGGUUGUCCCUGAGUCCGGCAACACUGGGAGUCUCUCUCCUGGCAUCGGCUGUGGGUCUGGGCUUGGCCACUGCUGGAGGGGCCGUCAGCAUCACCUCCGAUCUCUCCUUAGUGCUCUGCAAUUCCCGGGAGGUGAAGAAGGUGCAGGAAAUUGCAAUGACUUGUCGGAAACAGAUGAGGGAAAUCCUCGGCUGCCUGGAGUUCCUCCGCCGGGGGCAGGGUCCGGGGGACCCCACACUGCGCCAGUCAGAGAAGAGGGCUUCCAUCUCACUGUACAACUCUGUCUGCUUCAUGGUCUUCUGUGGCUCCCACAGCUUCCUUGUGCCAGAAUACCCAAAGGAGGUCACAAAAGUCAGCCAGGCCGUCCUGAAGGCCAAAAUCCAGAAGCUGGCUGCCAACCUCGAGACCUGCACCAGGGCGAUGGAUGAAGUCUGUGAACUUCUUGAGUCCAGGACAGAGCUUUCCCCACACACAAGGAGAUUCAACUUUGGUGCUAAAACCACUGCUGAUAUCCCGAGACCAUCCAGCUGAAACAGUGUUUGCCCCAUAAUUAAAAUUGGACUUGCAGACAUUACAUUAUUAAUUGUCAUCGUUAGCACUGCUUUCUGUUGCUAUUGUAAUAUUGGUGGUGCUAAUCCACACAGGUGCGGACAUGUCUCAUGUGCCUUAUCUAUAUCUGAACACAAACUCUUUCCUGAUAGGAAGCUAAAGCUUCCACACACACACACAUCCCACCAACUGACAGUAUCCACCUGAUUCAGGUUGGAGAUUAUGACGGACACGUGGACUACUGUGUAAACAGCAGCAGAUCCCAGAGCCCAAAGGCAGGGAUAGGUGGCUGUUCCUCAGACCCUUGUUUCCCCAGCCAUCUCCUGGGCUCUGCUUCCCCAAGGCAGCAAAAGGGAGUGGGUCAGAAGGCUGAUGAAAUCCCACAGUCUUGAUGCUGACUGAACCUGGUUUGUAAAUAACUUAUGAAUCUAUGAGUGGUAAAAGGGCUGGGGUACCCUCAAAAAGCCAGCAGCUGCCAAUUUCCGGUAAAGUACAGUCCUGUUACCAAGGUACAUUUCGAAAGGCUGUUGAAGGAAGCAGAUAUGACAGAUUGCUCAUCAUCCCAGGGUGAAAUAGCAGGCCCAGAAAUUGUUACGUCUUUUGAAGAAAUCUCUCCAGGCUGAGAACUGUGAUGUUUGUGUUCUAUUUAUUUACAUAGGAUUAUUUUAAGGUUUUGAUAUUGUAUUUAAAGAUGUAUUAUUUUUUCUUUUAAAAAGGAGGCCUCUGCUCCAAAGGAAAGCAGCUGUUCUUAUAAGCAAAGCAAGUCUGUGGCAUGUGAGAGCAAGUUACCUGUUCUUUGGCUGUGAGGGAGGGCAAGUCCCUGUAGGAAAAGGAAAGCAUGGCCUGAAUGCUGAUAGUUAUAAAAGAGGUGAAAUGCGUAUGUCAACCAGUGACAGAUCUUAGGAACCAAAAGAGGGAAAAGGACAGGUCGGUGACUCUGGGACCAAAGCUUGCCUCAGGGCACUGGUGGAAAAAAGCAGUUAUAUCUCUUGCAGCAGGGACGGAAGCACAUCUGAGAGGUGGAGGUGCUGCUCUCCGUGCAGUUCAGCAGCCUGUGAGACCCACAGUGAUUUGUCUGUGAGGGAGGAGGCAGCACUCGUGGAGAGCUACACAUACUCCUAGCAAUGCUUCCCAGGGAAGGCUUCGUGUUAGCAAACUAUGUACUGGUACUAAUACUCAAGAGGGGUGCAAAGGAGUAGGAUGAUUUAGUGGCAGAGCACUUAUGAAGCAGGAGGAAGCACUGGGAUGCUGUUUCAAGUGACUGUUCUGCUAAAUAUGUCCUUCAUGAUUUUUGACCCCUCAGUGCUUCAGUUCUCUGUUUAAAAAUGAAGAUAGUAGCACUUCCCUACCUCACAAGGAUGUUUCUGGGACAAAUAUUGAAAAGUGCUCAAGUACUGUGAUGAUGGGGAUUAUGUCAGUACCUGGAAGAGGUACAAGGAAGAAACCCCAGAAACUAGCUUGAGACAACUAGAUGAGUUAAUGCAGGGAUAAUUCCACCUCCACAAGUAUGCUCCAGUGGAUAAGGGAAACUUCCCUGCAGAUGCAUGAAUCAAAAUGAUCAGAAAAACCCACUCUGUGAUUCUUUAACACUGAGCAAACUCCUAGGAAGGGCAACACUCCAUCUCACAAAGCUUGAAUCCUUGUCCUUUUUGUCUCUUCCUCUUAUGACAUCAACAUUUGUUUUUACACAUAAGAAGAACAAAAGCUUUGGUCCUUCAAAGUGUGACUCAGAUGCUUGUAAUGCCCAUGCCUGUUUGCCAGAAAUGAACAAGUUUGAUUAAAUGAAUAUGAAGCA